AUGGGCGGGACGCCAAGUGCCGAGACGACGCCUACGAAGCAAGGCAUGACAAAGGAGUCACCAGCACGCCUGACCAUCCCCUUUCUUGAGCCGCUCACACCGCGCCGGCCACCACCGGCAGCACAGAUGCACGCCCUCCUCGACAGCAACCAUAAGAAGCGGAAGGUCAUCAGGAACGGCCUCGCUGAUCGGUUGAUGCGACGGCUCAACUUUCAUUCCUCCGAACUCAACUUCUGGCUCCACAGCCAACAGCAGCUCUCCAGGGAGAAAUCGCUGCAUGCUGCUGCGGAGGACGUGUGCUUGGAGGUGUUGCAGAUUGCACGGCAGCACGGCUGUGCAAUUUGCAAGUGCCAUGUCCUCUUUGGCGGCAUUCCUCGCACACACGUCUUCCUGCACAUGCCCGCACGCACAGAGCACCGCGUCAAGCCAGCGCCGGGCAUGGUGCUGCAGGUGCGACCGCCCUGGAAGGAGCACGUGACCAGAGACGACCGGGUGGUGCUGUUUGACGCCGUGUACAUCCGCGCACGGGAGCGGCCGACCGCGGAGGAGUUGGAGGUUGCUGCGUCGUGCCAUCUCCAACUCGCCGACUCCUCACAGGAGAACAACAACAGCAGCAGCGGCGGUAGCAGCAACCACAGCAGCAACGCACACAGCCAGCACGCGCACCCCACAUAG